AUGGUUCGUUUUGAGCGGUUUCCUCAGCAUGAUGAUAGAAGCUCCAGGUUUGACGCCCGUACGCUCUACCAAGAUCACGAAAAGUUCGCCGUGUCACGAGAUAUCACGUUCUCGUCGUCAGCCGCGAUGACUAGCUGCACCUCUGUGGCCGCAAACGUCGGCAGCAACGUCAACAUUGAGAAUGUGAGCCAGUGGCCAAAGACGGUCGGACAACACCCUCACGUUCAAGAGCCGUUACGCUUGUAUCCAUCGGUGCCACUCAGUCACACUCCGUCAGUACUGUCCCGCCAGCCUCGGUACGCAAGUUCCCCAGGCGAACUGCUCCUACAGCAUUUAACAGUCUUUCGACCCCGCGCAGACCCUUUCCGGCUGUCAUCAACGGCACGAAGUUCGACACCCGUUGGAGCGGGCGAGAAGAACCAAGGUCCAAAGAGAAAGCCAGCCAUCGCCAUCCGUCGGGACAACAUCUCAUUUUCCGUGCCAAAGACAUCAGCCGCACCCAACGUCGACCCAGUCAAGAAGCGGCAGCAGCUGAACCAGCUUUUCCAGAGGCCCGGGUCUUCUGUAGAAAGUGAAUCGCCCCGCUUGGAUCGAGUGCAACUCUGGAUCGACGGUAUCCCUCCACCGGUAUUCAUUCGUUCCGAUCGUUGCGUUGGAGCAACGCCGCUGCAUAGACUGCCCACUCCUCCUUAUGCAGCAGGCUUCGACACUUGGGAAGAUGUACAGUCCUAA